AUGUGGAGACGCGUUACCUUACUUUCUCCGAUGAUUUCUUCAUCAUCCCGAUCCCAGGCAGCUUUUGGGCUCACAGCUCGGAAAUCUUUUGCAACGGAGAUAAUUAAUUCGGAAGAACGAGUUUCACCGUCGAAAGAGAAAGCUCCGUUUAUCACAUUUGUACUCGGAGGUCCUGGAAGUGGGAAAGGGACACAAUGUGAAAGGAUUGUUGAGACCUUUGGAUUGACACAUCUAAGUGCUGGAGAUUUGCUCAGGAGAGAAAUCGCAUUGAACACUAAAAAUGGGGCUACGAUUCUGAACUUGAUUAAAGAUGGCAAAAUUGUUCCCUCGGAAGUGACUGUAAAACUCCUCCAGAAAGAGCUGGAAUCGAGCGACAGUAGCAAGUUUCUCAUUGAUGGUUUCCCACGAACCGAGGAGAAUCGUGUUGCAUUUGAGCGCAUAGUAAGAGCAGACCCUGAUGUAGUACUCUUCUUCGAUUGCCCUGAAGAAGAGAUGGUGAAACGAGUCUUGAACCGUAAUCAGGGACGAGUGGAUGAUAAUAUAACAACAAUGAGGAAGCGUCUGAAAAUCUUCGAGGCCUUAAAUCGCCCUGUUAUCGAGUACUACAAGAAUAAAGGAAAACUCUACACGAUUAAUGCAGUAGGAGACGUAGAUGACAUAUUCCAACAAGUUCUACCUAUUUUCUCUUCAUUUGAGCAAUUGAAGGAGAGUCGGAAUGUAAAUCCAAAGACGAGCUUGGUAGAAAACUGA